UUUAGUUUCAUUUUUAUUGGGAGGAGUAACUUUCAAGUUGCAACACAGUCAAAACUGCCGGUGUCUUAGGAGUGAGGUACCUGGAGUUCAGGGACUGACUCCCCCAGUGACGAUGACGGUUGACGAGUUGGUUUUCUUUGUGAAUGGCAGAAAGGUGGUGGAGAAAAAUGCAGACCCAGAAACAACACUUUUGGCCUACUUGAGAAGAAAGUUGGGACUGAGCGGCACCAAGCUUGGCUGCGGAGAAGGAGGCUGUGGAGCUUGCACGGUGAUGAUUUCCAAGUUUGAUCAUUUCCAGAACAAGGUUGUCCACUACUCUGUCAAUGCCUGCCUGGCCCCCAUCUGCUCCUUGCAUCACAUGGCGGUGACCACUGUGGAAGGAAUAGGAAGCACGAAGACAAGGCUGCAUCCCGUACAGGAAAGAAUUGCCAAAAGCCAUGGCUCCCAGUGUGGGUUCUGCACCCCUGGCAUCGUCAUGAGCAUGUACACUCUGCUCAGGAACCAGCCCACGCCCACCAUCGAGGAGAUCGAGGAUGCCUUCCAAGGAAACCUGUGCCGCUGUACAGGCUACAGACCCAUUCUCCAGGGCUUCCGGACCUUUUCCCAGAAUGGUGGAUGCUGUGGAGGAAACAGGGACAACCCAAAUUGCUGCAUGAACCAGAAGAAAGAUGAAACACUCACCCUCUCACAGUCUUUAUUCAAACCAGAGGACUUCACACCCCUGGAUCCCUCGCAGGAGCCCAUCUUUCCCCCGGAGUUGCUGAGACUGAAAGACGCUCCUCGGAAGCAGCUGCGUUUCCAAGGGGAGCGUGUGACGUGGAUCCAGGCCUCAACCCUGCAGGAGCUGCUGGACCUCAAGGCUCAGUAUCCUGAUGCCAAGCUGGUGGUGGGGAACACGGAGAUUGGCAUUGAGAUGAAGUUUAAGAACAUGCUGUAUCCUAUGAUUGUCUGCCCAACCUGGAUCUGCGAGCUGACUUCAGUGGAACAUGGGCCCGAUGGCAUCACCUUUGGAGCGGCUUGUUCCCUGAGCUGCAUGGAGAAGGUCCUGCAUGAUGCGAUUGCUGAGCUUCCUGAUCAUAAAACAGAGGUUUUCAAAGGGGUCCUGGAGCAGCUGCGCUGGUUUGCUGGGAAGCAGAUCAAGUCUGUGGCGUCCAUUGGAGGGAACAUCAUCAACGCCAGCCCUAUCUCUGACCUCAACCCUGUGUUUAUGGCCAGUGGAGCCAAGCUGACCCUUGUGUCAAAAGGUACCAGGAGAACUGUUCGAAUGGACCAUACCUUCUUCCCUGGCUACAGGAGGACGCUGUUGAGUCCAGAGGAGAUACUGUUUUCCAUUGAGAUCCCCUACAGCAAGGAGGGUGAGUUCUUCUCAGCAUUCAAGCAGGCCUCCAGGAGAGAAGAUGACAUAGCCAAGGUGACCUGUGGCAUGAGAGUGCUAUUCAAGCCAGGGACCACAGAAGUAAAGGAGCUGUCCCUUUGCUAUGGAGGAAUGGCAAACAGAACCAUCUCAGCUCUCAAGACCACUCAGAAGCAGCUGUCCAAGUCCUGGAAUGAGGAGCUCCUGCAGGACGUGUGCAGAGAGCUGGCAGAGGAGCUGCGCCUGGAGCCCGAUGCCCCUGGGGGCAUGGUGGACUUCCGGCGGACCCUCACCCUCAGCUUCUUCUUCAAGUUCUACUUAACCGUGCUGCAGAAGCUGGGCAAAGUCAACCCUGAAGAUAAGUGUGGCACAUUGGACCCCACUUUUGCCAGUGCCACUCUGCUCUUUCAGAAAGAUCCUCCAGCCAAUGUCCAGCUCUUCCAAGAGGUGCCUCCUGGUCAGUCUGAGGAGGACAUGGUAGGGCGACCCCUGCCCCACCUAGCUGCGCACAUGCAGGCUUCUGGGGAGGCUGUGUACUGUGAUGACAUUCCUCGCUACGAGAAUGAGCUGUCUCUCCGGCUGGUCACCAGCACCCGGGCCCAUGCCAAGAUCUUGUCCAUAGAUACUUCAGAAGCUCAGAAAGUGCCGGGAUUUGUUUGCUUCCUCUCAGCUGAGGAUAUUCCUGGAAGCAAUGUAACUGGACUUUUUGAUGAUGAAACGGUCUUUGCAAAGGAUGAGGUUACUUGUAUUGGGCACAUCAUCGGUGCUGUGGUCACUGACACCAGAGAACACGCACAGAGAGCUGCUCAAGGGGUGAAAAUCACUUAUGAGGACCUUCCAGCCAUUAUCACAAUUGAGGAUGCUAUAAAGAACAACUCAUUUUAUAAAUAUGAGCUGCAGAUCGAGAAAGGAGAUCUCAAGAAGGGGUUUGCUGAAGCAGAUAAUGUUGUUUCAGGAGAGCUCUACCUUGGAGGCCAGGACCACUUCUACCUGGAGACUCACUGCACCAUCGCUGUGCCCAAAGGAGAGUCAGGGGAGAUGGAGCUCUUCGUAUCUACCCAGAACACCAUGAAGACCCAAAACUUUGUUGCAAAAAUGUUGGGGGUUCCAGCCAACCGGAUUGUAGUCCGAGUGAAGAGAAUGGGAGGAGGCUUUGGGGGAAAGGAGACCCGGAGUACGGUGCUGUCCACCGCAGUGGCCUUGGCUGCACACAAGACCGGCCGUCCUGUGCGCUGCAUGCUGGACCGUGAUGAAGACAUGCUAAUCACGGGUGGCAGACACCCCUUCCUGGCCAGAUACAAGGUUGGUUUCAUGAAGGAUGGGAAGAUUGUGGCUCUGGAAGUGGAUCACUUCAGCAAUUGUGGGAACACCCGGGAUCUCUCCGAGAGUAUAAUGGACCGAGCUCUAUUCCACAUGGACAACACCUAUAAAAUCCCUAAUAUCCGGGGCACUGGAUAUCUUUGCAAGACCAACCUGGCCUCCAACACAGCCUUCCGUGGUUUUGGGGGGCCCCAGGCGAUGCUCAUCGCCGAGUAUUGGAUGAGUGAAGUGGCCAUGACCUGCGGGCAGCCACCAGAGAAAGUGAGGAGGAUAAACAUGUACCAAGAAGGAGAUCUGACGCACUUCAAUCAGAAGCUUGAGGCGUUCACCUUGCCCAGGUGUUGGGACCAGUGCAUGACAAGCGCCCAGUAUUAUGCUCGGAGGGCUGAGGUUGACAAGUUCAACAAGGAGAAUUGUUGGAAAAAGAGAGGACUGUGUAUAAUCCCAACCAAGUUCGGUAUAAGCUUUUCUGUUCCUUUUCUGAAUCAGGCAGGGGCUCUGGUUCAUGUAUACACAGACGGCUCCGUGCUGCUGACCCAUGGAGGCACCGAGAUGGGCCAAGGCCUGCACACCAAGAUGGUCCAGGUGGCCAGCAGAGCGCUGAAAAUUCCCAUCUCCAAGAUUUACAUCAGUGAAACAAGCACUAACACUGUGCCCAACACCUCUCCCACUGCUGCUUCUGUCAGCGCUGACCUCAAUGGCCAGGCCAUUUAUGAAGCUUGUCAGACCAUUUUGAAGAGGCUGGAACCCUUCAAGAAAAAGAAUCCCAACGGUUCCUGGGAAGACUGGGUCUCAGCUGCCUACCUUGAUGCAGUGAGCUUGUCUGCUACAGGAUUUUAUAAGACGCCCAACCUUGGCUAUGACCCUAAAACCAACUCUGGGAAUCCCUUUCACUACUUCAGCUAUGGGGUGGCUUGCUCUGAGGUAGAAAUUGACUGCUUAACAGGAGAUCAUAAGAACCUCCGCACAGACAUCGUCAUGGAUGUUGGCACCAGUUUGAACCCUGCCAUUGAUAUUGGACAGGUGGAGGGGGCGUUUGUCCAGGGCCUUGGCCUCUUCACCAUGGAGGAGCUGCACUAUUCCCCUGAGGGGAGCCUGCACACCCGUGGCCCCAGCACCUACAAGAUCCCUGCAUUUGGCAGCAUUCCCACUGAGUUCAGAGUGUCCCUGCUCCGUGACUGCCCCAACAAGAGGGCCAUCUAUGCAUCCAAGGCUGUAGGGGAACCGCCCCUCUUCCUGGCCGCCUCCAUCUUCUUUGCCAUCAAGGACGCCAUUGGUGCUGCUAGAGCCCAGCGCUCAGAUUACAAUACCAAGCAGCUUUUCCGGCUGGACAGCCCUGCCACCCCGGAGAAGAUCCGCAAUGCCUGUGGGGACCAGUUCACCACCCUGUGUGUCACUGGUACACCAGAAAACUGUAAACCCUGGUCUCUGAGGGUCUGAAGAGAAAGUGCACAGUGGAGUGUUCAUGUGAUAUAGUGGGAUUUCACGGAGCAGGAAGCAUGUUCUGAAGACCCUGGAUUGAUAGGAGAUACAGCCAAGCUGUGACUCAAAAGAAAAGCAUUUGGAAAAAAGGAAUGGAUUGGAAGAUUUCGAUCAAAAAGGAUUUGCAAUCCCAAUGAUGAGCAAAUUCCUAACUGUUAAACCUAAGUGACCAAAAUGCAUUACAUAUUUAGCUGUUUCAAGUCUGUUUUAAUCAAGUAUUUGUUAUAGGUUAAAAUGUAUUUGUGCUAGGUUCACAUGUGCUGGCUAGCUUGCACAACCCCAGGUGCUGACGGUUGUCUGUCUGUGCUUCAAAGAGGUUCCUUACAAACCUCCAAAACCUUAAACCAAAGUUACUCUGAAUCUGGGUGCAUUUACCACUGAUGAAUGUUGUAGUAUAACCUCAGAUCUAUACUAACAGUUUUCAACGAGGCAGUGGGGUGAGAUUAAAAGUAGCCAUCUUUAAGUCACUGGAGAGAAUAAAAUAAUUCAAGGCUGAUUGGAUCCAGUUUUGUUAGACUGCAUAAACUAAGAUCACCGUAUAACACAAAAAUCCAUCCUCCUCUAUUAUUGACUACCUGCAAUGUGCUAAAAUCCUUCCCUUUGCGUAUUUCAAAGAUCCGAUUUAAGUCUUCUUCAUUUGAAGUGAGAGUAAUUUUCACGUAGAAAUAAUGCUAUUGAAAUCAAUAUCAGCCAGAGGAAAAGAAUUAAGAAGGCUGGGUUCUCACCCCAGCUCCGUCUCUGUCUCUGUGACCUUGGGCUGUCAUUUUUCCUUCCUGAAGAGUUUUAGUGAAGAAUGAAAGGGUUGGCAAUCUGUAAGAUCUUCUCCUGCAUAAAUGUAUGACCUGAAAACUCCAGUUACAUAAGGGAUCUGCAGCCAUCAAAGACUUGGCUCCCUAUUACGCAGUGCCUGAUCCUGAUGUAUGCUGUUUAGAAUGCCCAAGUUCCUGCUGUUGGUAGAGAGAACAGGAGACAGACAAGUAUCUCCUUCCAGGGCUCCAACAGGGGACUUCAACACAGCACAUCAGUGGAUGGUGUCAUGUUGUCACGAGCUUUCACUGGUUGCAACACCAAGCCUGCCAGAGAGUCUGUGGUUCUGGUCAUGCAAAGAGGGCAGUGGGAAGAUGUAAUUGAAGUGAUGUUCAGUGUCCUAAUAAAUGAAGCUGUCAGCUGGUUGGCAGCGAGAAUUGCUUAUUAA